GUUUAGGGAGGCAGUUAUAAGAGUGUGCUGCCCAGGUCAUGGUUUCUCAGUGUGUCUCUGUCAAAGGAUUGUACCGCAGAGUGUCUUGUGCUGCUCUGACCUGGAAAGACCCCUGGCACUGCAUCACAGAAAGGCGAGGAAGAUGAGGAUUACGGAGGUUCUGGUCCUUCUCUGCAUGAUCUCAACAUGUGGAGCUCAGAAAUGGAAACAGGAAACCUCAAGCUGGGAUCCUAAAGAACACAUCAACGGCAAGACUUGUUCCAACCUGACUCAGGUACUGGACAACUGGAAAUAUGCUAUUCUCACCCAAGUGAAAGACCUGCUGAUUAAUGACCAUGCUUCUGUCCUUCCUGAAUACAACAGGAUCCAGCCCUUGUCAGAUGCUCUGGGAGACCUCUACAGGCAGUUUAACGCUCUGAAAGACGAGCUGGUACGUCUCACCACAAAGUUUGACAGAGUGGAGGCUUUUGUGGAUGACCUUAAGGAUGGCAGAUUCACUUUGCCUCACCGACCCGUACGGAGGAUUCCCCCCACUGUUGGUGUGAGGUCUCCACUGCAAGCACAGAUGAGGGCUCCUGACAGAAGGGUAAUCACAAGGCCAACGCUGAUCAGAGCAAGGAGAGGGCCACAGAGACCUUAGACCUGUUGCCUACUGGUUUUUGUCCAUCAUAAAUGCUGAUGUGUUGAACAAGAACUGAUAUGUUUAUAUAUUUUUCAGAAGAUUUGUUUCUAUUGUUUUGUUGAUGAGAGUGAUGUGAUAAAAAAAAAAUCACGUAUAUGAGACUGACUUAAUGAUGCAUGUUGUAGGAAAAUGUUCUUAUUUUCACAGCUCUGUACAAAGUCACUUUUAACCACAAGGUGGCAGCAUCUAUCAAAUUAUCUCGACUAUCAUCUCGAUGCUCUUUGUAACUGCUGGGCAUAACACAAUCGAUGAAAAGGUAGUGUAGAAUCAUGAUAUCAUACAUUAUGUAUACACUUGUUUCAUAUUAUUUAACACCGUGACCUCUUCUGUUUUUGAUUUGCUUGUAAAAUUAUUAAAAAUGGAUUCCUGCACUUAAAAAAUACUAAUCGCCAUUUGGUACAUUUGGUGCAUGGCGUUUUUUUUUUUCCUGCAACAACCAGAAUGAUUAAAUAAAUAUUUUAUGAAGAUUUUAUGAACAAACAACUCUGGUGAGGAAAUAUCUGUGGAGAUUUGGGACACCUGCAAAGCUAACUCAAUACAAUGAACACUGUAAUGUAGUUAGGAAGAGAUAACAAACCAUCAUGAUGAGUCAGUAGUAAUGUGAAGAAUAAAGAAACAAAAUAAAAAUGCACAGCAAUAAACUUAA